AUGCUUGUACAGUUAAAGUUCCCACUCAAAACACUACAGCAAAUACUGCUGAAACGCUUUAACAGUAGCAGUCUAAACCCUACUAUUAAAAACCAAUUAUCAAAUCCUCCUCCAAUAGGUUCAAUAAUAGAAGCUAGAGGGUUUGUGAAAAGUAUUAGAUCAUCUAAAAAAGUUGGGUUUGUCGAUAUAACUGAUGGUUCCAUUAGUAAUAACCUCAACAUUGUCCUUCAAGGAUCUGAUCAACCAAAAUUUAAAGUUGGACAAAGCAUAGUAGUUAAAGGAGAUUGGUGUGCUGGGAAGGGGAAACAACCAUUUGAAUUGAAAUAUAAUCCUGAAAAUCCGCAACAUACUUUUACUAUAUUAGGUGAUGUAACUGAUGAUUAUCCAUUACAGAAGAAAGCCACUUCAAUGUCAUUUUUAAGAAAUUUCCCUGAGAUCAAGCAUAGAACUAGUACAUUAGGAUCAUUUUUACGAUUACGAUCACAUUUGGAAUUUAAAUUGAUGGAAUUUUUCCAAUCACAAGAUUUUAUUAAAGUCACACCUCCAUUGAUUACCAGUUCUGAUUGUGAAGGUGCCGGAGAAGUGUUUAAAAUAGAGCCAUUGAAUGAUAAUGACCCUAAAGAGCCAUUUUUCGGUAAAAAUGCAUAUUUGACUGUGUCUACGCAAUUACAUCUUGAAUGUUUGGCAUUAGCGUUGAAUCGUGCUUGGACAUUAACUCCAUGUUUCCGGGCAGAGAAUUCCAAAACAACAAGACAUUUGAGUGAAUUCUGGAUGUUGGAAGCAGAAAUUUCUCAUGUUGUUGAUGUGGAUCAAGUUACAACUUUUACUGAAAAUAUGAUAAGAUUUGUUACCAAAUCGUUAGUUGAAAGCAGUAAUGAUACUGACCUUAAUAAUCUUGGUGCUGGUAAUGGUAAUGAUUACUUGAUUGGAACUUAUAUUGAAAAAGAUGUUGUUCAAUCGAGGUGGUCAAAUAUAUUGAGUGCAGAAAGAUGGCCACGCAUGACAUACACUGAAGCAAUUGGCUAUUUGAACAAAAUAUUGCCUCAAGACGAAAAACUUACAUGGGGGGAUUCAUUGCAAUUAAAACAUGAAAGGCUUUUGGCAGAAAAAAGUCCAAUAUUUAUAACUGAUUAUCCUGAAACUCAAAAACCAUUUUAUAUGUUAAAAUCAGCAAAUUAUAACCUUGAAAAACCAACAGUGGCCUGUUUUGAUUUAUUAGUUCCUGAAUUUGGAGAAUUAGCAGGAGGAUCUAUGAGAGAACAUGAUUAUGAGGUAUUGUUAGCAAACAUGAAACAAGAUAAUAUGAAUAUUGAAGAUAUCGAAUGGUAUUUAAACUUACGUAAGCAAGGAACGAUCCCACAUGGUGGUUUUGGAUUAGGAUUUGAGAGAUUAAUAACUUAUUUGGCUGGUUAUGAUAAUGUAAGAGAUAUUUCUGCUUUCCCAAGAGCACCUGAGUUGUGCAACUGUUAA